UCAUGUAAUUCCAAGGCCAGCCCCUGGGGACCUGCAGGAUGUGACUGUUCUGGGUUGGAUUUGUGUAACUCAGAAGCGACUCCUUGGGCUCUGGUGGGUGCAUCAGGGCACAGAGGGGCAGUGUUGGCGUCCCCCCUCCAAGCCGGUUUGUGGUGAACACCUUCCAUGUUCCAGUUUGUUGUUUGUUGGUUGGUUUCUCUUCUAAAUGCAAAGGGAUUCGGUUUGUUCCUCGCUUCCUGCAUUGCACUGUUUGGAAAAGUCCAGGGGUUGGCUGCCCUGCCCCAGUUAAAUUGGAGGGUAUGCUGCUGAAAGAGCAGAGCUCAGGGUGUGCAGAUUGACCCAAGCUGCUGUUAGCAACCGAGGCUUCUGCAGAGCUGGCAGCUCUGUGUACAGAGGAGGAACUGGCUUCUGGGAGGCUUCCUCUUGGUUUGAGCAAUAACAAGCAGUGCCUUUCAGUUUCGUAAAGGCUCAUCUUGUUUGCUUAUUCAUGAGGGGGCACCGUGGGUCAGGCUGUUCCAGGUGGCUGCUCAGAUGCAGGGCUGCCAGGCUGCCCCUGGCCUCCUGCUGCCCCCCAGGGCCCUCACGAGAUCUCAGAGGGCAGCAUGGGGUGGAGGUGGGGUCCCUGCUCUGCUCAUCCUGUGGCAGGGCCUGCAGCAGCUGCUCUGCUACAGCUUUCAGCCCCCAGGUACAGAGGCUGCAUCCUCUCGCUGGUGGCUUGGCGUGGCUCAGCCCGUCUCUAAGCUGGAAUCUCUCUUCAGGAAUGCUUCGGAAGCUGGAAAUCAAAAAAGAAGAAGACCUGCAGGCGGUGUGCGAGGUGGCUGCUCACGUUUUCAGUGAUGGAGUAACAAACUGGGGCCGAGUCGUCACGCUCAUCUCAUUUGGUGCCUUUGUUGCAAAACACCUGAAAAGCAUCAACCAGGAGAAGUGCAUCAGCUCGCUGGCGGGGAUCAUCACAGACGCUUUGGUCUCAUCCAAACGCGAGUGGCUGAUGAGCCAGGGAGGCUGGGAGGGCUUUGUCGACUUCUUCCGAGUGGAGGACCUGGAAAGCAGCAUCAGGAACGUGCUGAUGGCCUUUGCAGGAGUGGCCGGCCUGGGGGCGAGCUUGGCCUACAUGAUCCGGUGAGCUGCAGUGCCGCAGAGGGGCAGAGCUCAGGGCAGACCGGCUCCGCUGGGAGCUGGCGAGCCGAUCACCUUCUCCUGGGCAUAUUUAUGCAGCUGGACUCGUGUUGACCCCAGGAGAAUAUCUAGGCAUCCCCUGAGCAAUUCUUUCCAAAGAAAGAAGGUAUGUUCCACUCGGAUCGUGGGUACCAAUGAGGAUUUAUUGCUUUGGGAACAGAAAGUGGAGGAGUUGACUGAUACUCUGCUUCGUUCAAGAGCAUGAGGAGAGAAGGGCAAAGUGGACAGCUUCAGUUUUAUCCCGGAGGAAACAGAUCUGUUUCGUGAGCCAGUGAGCAGCAGCAGCAGCUCCUGCCUGGACUGAUCCUCGUGGCUUUGGUGCGGCGGCUGUUGCGGAGCCGAUGCUUUGGAGUCGUGGUUGUGGGUUUUUGGAAAUGGCAUCUUCAGCUGCCGCGCCGCUGCCCGAACUCACAGCUCUGCUGUCGCGGCUUUAGGCAGCGGUGCUGUGCAAGGCUGAGGCGUGCAGCCCGUGCUGGAAUUCGGGGUGAUUUCUGUCCCCUGCCUUCCAGCAGGGUUUGCUCAGGCCGCGGGCGGCCCUGUGAGCAGUCCUGCAGUUUGAGCUGGCGCUGUGGGAACCGCAGCUGGCUGCAGCCUGGCAGAGCCGGCCCGUCUGAUCUGACUGCUCUCACCGCCCUGCCACGCCAGCAGUUUAAAAAUAGGGAGUGCAUUUCUGAGUAGGUAAAACCCCACGCAGGGCGGGGAGGCUGCGGAGAGCCUGCAGAUGUCUGUCCAGCUGCAGAAUGUGUGCAUCUAUACUGAGCUAACAGCACAGAAGCAAAGGCUGAAUGUGGUGGAGCUGCUGAUGGAUGUGCUGCGCUUCAUCCCUUGCGUGGAGUUUCUGUGGCAAAGCCUUCUGUGGUGGCUUUGAGCAAACCUUUCUCUGUGCUCGAGCAGAAGUGCCAGGGGUUGUAGUGGGGAUCGGUGGCUGCUGCACUCGCUGCCUGCUGGCAGCAGCUGAGACUGCUGUUUAUUUUAAUCUUUUUGGUUUUUCCGAGCUCUUCUGGCAGUUGGGAGGUUGUGGAAGUUGGUGUUGGUUACUUCCUUCUCUCCCCUUUAAUUUUGACUCUGUAAGCAGUGAGCACAGCAAAGCUGAUGUUUGAAUGUAAGCGUUCUGCAGCUGUGUAGAACUCAGUGCCUCGGCUCUGCAGCUCAUGCCAGCCCCAAGCACAGCACCCAGCCCUGGGCCCCUCGUGGGCUUUGGGCUGUGCUGUGGUUGGGGCUGAGAACCCCUGCAGAACGGGGCUGAGGUGGUGAGGAACCCGCCCGACUGCAGCCCAAGCAAUGCCCAGGGGGGAGAAAGCUAAAGGCAGGGCUGUCGUCUGGCCGGCCUGGGUGCUGGAGGAGCACUUAGUUUUGUCAAUAAAUGUCUCUUGUUCUCAA